AUGGUGUUGUCAAAGACAGAUGCGGAGGCCCCGGCAGCUAAGGAGGAGAUUCCUCAUGACCAUCUUUUCAAAGUUACCGGAUUGUCGUCGACAAAUUUAGAGAAGUUGGCUCAAGAUGCAGAAACAGCAGAUUUCGAGACGGCCAUUGCGGCUACAGGAUACGGCAAGUUCAAUGUGUACCUGAUGCUGUGCACCUUACCUGCCUUCUGCAGCGCCGUGUCUGUUACCAGCUCGGUGUCAUACAUCUUCACACAGGCACAGUGUGACAUGCAGCUCAGUCUACUGGACAUGGGGACACUGAACGCCAUCACAUAUGGAGGUAUGAUCUCAUCAGCUUUGGUAUGGGGCUUUCUAUCAGACACCCUGGGCCGGCGGAGGAUCAUGGUGUGGGGGUUUUUGUUCACUGGCAUCCUGGAAAUGUGCGUUGGCAUCAGCCAAAACUUCAUCAUGCUACUCCUGACCAGGUUCUUCAGUGGUUUCUUUUUCAACGGCCCAUUCGCAGUCCUCAUCUCGUACCUGGCGGAGCUCCACCGCACCGAGUUAAGGGCUAAGGUGAUCCUCCUCACCAGUUUGUUUUAUACGAUCGCCAACACGGCCCUGCCGCUGCUGGCCUGGGCUAUACUCACCAAGGAUUGGCACUUCUACAUUUUUGGGACUAGUUUUGUAAUCCAUGCUUGGAACCUGUUCCUCCUGGCGACGGCCUUGAUUCCGCUGAUCACUGGCCUGGUCUUCUUCUGCAUGCCAGAGAGCCCCAAGUUUUUAAUGUCAAGAGGAAGAAACGCAGAAGCAAUGCAGAUCUUCAAAAGAAUAUACGCUAUGAACACUGGGAAGCCAAUGGAAGACUAUCCUAUAAAAUUGUUAGUUGAGGAGAAGUCUGAACAGCAGGCUGAGGGGCUGGCGGCGCUGCGAGGUGGCUGGUCGCAGCUGGCACCUCUGUUCCGCCCUCCGCACCUCAAAUGGCUGAUGCUUAUCUGCGUCAUACACGUCUGUUGUAUGUUUGGGUCCAAUACAAUAAGAUUGUGGUACCCUCAACUAGCUUCUAUGAUUGACUCGGGGAGCAACGAGGGGUUGUGCUCGGCCAUCGCUCCGGAUACCAACCCUGCUCCUGACGUACUGUGCCAGCCGAUACAAACAGAUAUGUUAACAUACCUCCAGAGUGCAGUAGUGGGCGCUGGCUCUGUUAUUACGUAUGGUAUUGGAGGUCUGCUGAUUAAUAGAUGCGGCAAGAGAUUUGUCGCUGGCAUCUGUAGUUUGUUAAGUGCAGCUAUAUUGGUUAUGCUACCUUUGUGGGGUACCGGAGCUUUCUCUGUGGUUGCUAUGGUGACCAUUGCGCUAGCAUUCACCUCGCUUGGUGGCGCAACUCUGUCUAGCAUCUGUGUAGACCUAUUUCCUACCUCGCUAAGAGUGAUGGCAAUGGCAACAUAUCUGAUGAGCGGCCGGCUGGGCACUAUCAGCGGGACCAUAGCCUUCCCGGCACUCGUAGAGUAUGGCUGUCUCCCACCGUUUCUCACUAUAGCUGCUGUCCUUGCAGCUUACGGCAUUGGCUGCGCAUUGGUUCCAAACACCACGCUAAAGAAACUAGAAUAA